CUGGUGUAAGCCCGGCAGAAAUCUUGGUGUUUCGAGCAAACAAUCUCGUUUCCGCUUCUACACUACUACUGUGUGUAGAUCUCUUGCCAGGCCUGCAGGCCCACCAGUUGAGCCGCCUCGGUUGACUCCGGAUGGGCGCCUACUCUGACGUCCUGGCUGCAGCCACUCAGGAGUCUGUCGACGCUAUGCCGCGUCCAGGAGAUAUUCCCGCGGGAGCUGUGGGCAUUGACCAUCCCAAGAGCUUCAAGCGAGCUCAUUCCUGGGCCAAUAUGCGAACACAGUGCCUGUCCCGAGGCGGAGAUGGAUGCCGUCACCCCAGCGCUGACGUUCUUACACAAACAACUGGAGACGCAUAUACUUGUCUAGGCGCGUAUAUCAAGUAUAUAUAUGCAUACAUCUCUGCCCUGACCACCUCUGCCUCGUCUUCAUCCCUCCAGCACUCAUCUCAUUGCAGGCCACACUCUUUGGUUCUUACCACCUUCCUUCUUUUUUCUUCAACCAUCUGACUAUCCUGUCAUCUUCACUGUGUGAAGCUGGGACAUUCAUUCUUUGAAAGCCUACCUCGUCAACCGUCUACUUCAACGAAACUACGCAAACCCACAUUCUUCAUCAAAAAUGUCUUCAUUCACCUCCAAGCUCGCCCUUGCCGGCGCUGUCCUCGCCUCCAAGGCUGCUGCCCACGGCAUUGUUCAGGCUUUCGCCACCGACGGCCAGUACCAGGAGGGCUACGUCCUCGGCGACUACUACGCAAAGCUGAACACCGGCGAGGCCCCUGCCAAGGCCGGCUGGUACGAGGAGGCCACUGACAACGGCUUCGUUGCCCCCUCCGCCUACGGCGAGCCCGACAUCAUCUGCCACAAGAAUGCCGAGAACGCGGCCAAGACCGGCACCGUCGCCGCCGGCGGCAAGGUCGACUUCUACUGGACUGCUUGGCCCGAAUCUCACAUCGGGCCCGUCCUGACUUACGUCGCCAACUGCGGUACCGCGGACGAUGCCUGCUCCACCGUCGACAAGACCACCCUCAAGUGGGUCAAGAUUGACGAGGCCGGCAUUAACCUGGACACCCAGAAGUGGGCUGCCCAGGACCUGAUCGCCAACAACAACACCUGGUCCGUCACCGUCCCCGAGAGUCUGGCGCCGGGCCCCUACGUCUUCCGUCACGAGAUCAUUGCUAUGCACGGUGCUGGCUCCGAGAACGGUGCCCAGAACUACCCCUUCUGCAUCAACAUCGCCAUCACUGGCAGCGGUACCGAGAGCCCCGAGGGCACCCUGGGUACUGAGCUGUACACCUCCACCGACCCGGGUAUCCUCUUCAACCCUUACACCACCCUGACCGACUACAAGAUCCCCGGCCCUGCGCUGUUCGGCUCUGGCUCGACCGGCGGCUCAACUGGCGGCUCGAACGCCGGCUCAAGCAACUCCACCACCCCCGCUACUCCCAUCGGCAGCGGAGCCUCGCCCUCAGCGACCGGUGGUGCUCUCCCUACACCCACAGGCUCCCCCGUCACGGGAGGCUACGCAGAUGGUGACGACAGCUCUUGCACCAAGAAGGCGCGCCGUCACGCUCGUGACCUCACCCGCCGCAACUAAGCCAGAGAUCCUCUGGCUUGUUCAAGGUGUUUGUAAGAUACGACUUUUUGGAGGACAUGGGUGGUUCCAAUAACCUACUUCGUUGAAUUGUACAUAUAGACUUUCUUUCUCGAUAAACCUCAGUGUGCGGCCUACUUUUCGGGCUGUGCCUGCCCCUUGUCAAUAUCUCUUCGGGGCACCUCGAAAUGCAAUGCAGAUACGUCGAACCUAUAA